AUUUUGUUUAGUACACCCACAGACACACACGGCGACGCACACUAUUCCAAUCCUUAGCAGCCUGAGGGACGCACACACUAUCACAGAGAGCAGAAAAGCAGCUAAACCAGACUAUACCGACUGGAAAAGAUCUGAACUACACCACAGAUGGGGCCUGGAUUGUUUUGGAACUUCCCUCCCAAGGCUGGCUGCACGGUUCCACAGAGCCUCCUGCAGACCAUGUUGCUGUCCAGGAUGGCGGGGAUGAAGGAGCAGCAGUUCACCGAGGAGAAGCCCCUGCUGCCGGAGCAGCGAGGAAUGGACUCAGACAUGCAGGAUAAAGGAGGGGAGGCAUCAGGGGGGUUACCGCGCCCCGCCAGCCCUGCGGCCCUUAACCCCCCUCCUCCCCCUAGCCGCCCCACUCACCGCUGGCAUGUCAUGGCACGGCACUGGCUCCGCCAGACCCGCCGUCGGACCAGCGGGGUCCUCCCGGAAAGCUGUGAACAGCUGAUGCCAGCGGGGGAUUGGAAGGAACAUGAUAUCGAGACCCCUUAUGGGAUGCUGCACGUGGUGAUCCGCGGGGCACCCAAAGGAAACAAGCCCGCAAUCCUCACCUACCACGAUGUGGGACUGAACCACAAGCUGUGCUUCAACUCUUUCUUCAGUAAUGAGGAUAUGCAGGAGAUCACCAAGCACUUUGUGGUGUGCCACGUCGAUGCCCCGGGACAGCAGAUUGGAGCGUCACAGUUGCCACAGGGGUACCAGUACCCCACCAUGGACCAGUUGGCCGCGAUGCUGCCCACUGUGGUGCAGCACUUUGGAUUUAAGAGCAUCGUUGGGAUUGGAGUUGGAGCUGGAGCUUACAUUCUGGCCAAGUUUGCUCUGAUCUUUCCUGACAUGGUGGAGGGUUUGGUUCUGCUCAACAUCGACCCCAACGGCAAAGGCUGGAUUGACUGGGCUGCCACCAAGCUGUCAGGUCUGACCAGCGCUCUGCCAGAUACUGUGCUGCCACAUCUUUUCAGCCAGGAGGAGCUGAUGAACAACACAGAGCUGGUGCAGAGCUACCGGCAACAGAUUAACAACACCGUCAACCAGUUCAACCUGCAGCUUUUCUGGAACAUGUACAACAGCCGGAGGGACCUGGAAAUGAAUCGCAGUGGGACGGUGCUCAAUGCCAAGACUCUGAAGUGUCCUGCGAUGCUGGUUGUGGGAGACAACGCCCCGGCUGAGGAGGGAGUGGUGGAGUGCAAUUCCAAACUGGACCCAACCAACACCACCUUCCUGAAGAUGGCUGACUCUGGUGGACUUCCCCAGCUAACACAGCCCGGGAAGCUGACCGAAGCCUUCAAGUAUUUCCUGCAGGGAAUGGGCUACAUCGCUUAUGUGAAGGAUCGGAGGUUGAGUGGAGGGCCAGUGCCCUCCGCCAGUAUGACCCGCCUGGCUCGUUCCAGGACGGCCUCCCUGACCAGCGCCAGCUCCAUCGACGGGUCCCGCUCUCGGGCCUGCACCCAUUCCGACAGCACUGAGGGAGUCGGCCCGGUCACCCACACCAUGGAGGUGUCCUGCUGAGGAGUCGGCCAGCCCUAGAAAGAGGGAGGGGGUGGAGGGAUGGAGAGGGAAAGAGCAAGACCGAAGGGAUGAUGGCCAAGAAAUGACGGGGGUGGGGUAUGAGGAAAAGGUGAAGGAUAGAAGGUGUGACUCCUGCUGUGUCUCAAAUCGCCCACACCAAGCUACAGGACCACCAACGUUUCUUUCAAACUUCGAGGAAAAUGCUGCGGUCAUGAUUGAAACAUGCGAACACUGAACUUUACAAAUGUACUUCAUACACUUGUUUAUUCAGUAAGUACUACUAUUCUAUAUUCAGAUAGUGAUGAAGCAAGCCGAUAUAUAUUUUGGCAGGCGACAAUAGGUGGCGGUAAUGCUCUGCCCGGCUGCAAUUUACCAUUAAAAUGCAAAGGUAGAGGCAUUUUUGAUCAGUGCAUAACAACCGUGCGCGAUUUGAGACAACACUACCCUGUUGAAAUGUACCCACUACACAAUUAAGUACAUAGUGUACUCAUGGGAGUAUCCAAUUGAGACACACCUUAACUCUCCGGAUCAGACAUGGUAGAUUGUAGAACGAGACAGCAACAGGAAGGAAAGUUCAUGAACAAGGUGGAGACAGCUCUCUCUUUGCUUCAUCUAUUUCAUCCAGAUCCCUUUGUCUGCCAUCUUUUCCCUACUCCACUGUAAAAUAACAUAUGUGUUGCCCCCCCCCCUCUCCCCUCGCCCAGCAGUUAAACGAUUUAAGCAACUGUUUUUGUUCUUGCAGUUUUAUUCUUGUGUUUGCUGUCUCCUCUUUCUUUCCCUGCACCCCCACCACCCACGCCUCCACAGAAAAGGACGUGACGCUGUCUAUAUGAUAUGAGCUGCUGUUAAUAAUGUAAUUUGGAAAGGUGAGAAGAGGUGAAAGUGUGGGCAAGGAAAACACAACCUUUAGGUGGUACCUUAAUGAAAAAGUGUUAUGCAUCA